AUGGGAUCUAUAGGGCAAUCUUCCCUUCCGGCUGAUUUUAUUUGGGGCUUUGCGACCGCUGCCUACCAAAUUGAGGGUGGUGCGACUGAGGAUGGACGUGGUCCUUCGAUUUGGGAUACUUUUUGCAAGAUUCCUGGCAAGAUCGCUGGUGGUGGAUCAGGCGAGGUCGCGUGCGACUCGUAUCACCGUACACAUGAGGACAUUGAAUUGUUGAAGACAUGCGGUGCUAAGGCAUACCGCUUCUCGCUAUCAUGGUCCCGCCUUAUUCCUCUCGGUGGCCGUAAUGACCCCGUCAAUGAGAAGGGCUUGCAAUUCUACGUGAAAUUCGUUGAUGACCUCAUUGAAGCGGGCAUUAUCCCGAUGAUAACACUCUUCCACUGGGAUCUUCCUGAUGAGUUGAACAAGCGUUAUGGAGGAUUCUUGAACAAGGAGGAAUUUGUUGCCGACUUUGCAAACUACGCCCGCCUGGUUUUCAAGACCUUCGGAUCCAAGGUCAAGCACUGGAUUACAUUCAAUGAGCCCUGGUGCAGCUCUGUGCUUGGAUACAACACGGGAUCAUUCGCACCUGGCCACACAAGUGAUCGCAGCAAGAGCGCUGUGGGCGAUGGUUCGACAGAGCCUUGGAUUGUGGGUCAUAGCAUUCUUGUCGCGCACGGUGCAGCAGUGAAGAUCUACCGUGAUGAAUUCAAGGCACAGGAUGGCGGCGAGAUUGGUAUCACAUUGAAUGGUGACUGGGCCGAGCCUUGGGACCCUGAGAACCCCGCCGAUGUGGAAGCCUGCGAUCGCAAAAUUGAAUUCGCCAUCUCUUGGUUUGCCGACCCCAUCUACCAUGGCAAGUACCCAGACAGCAUGAUCAAGCAACUAGGUGACCGACUGCCCGCCUGGACCCCGGAAGAUCUCGCCCUGGUGCAUGGGAGUAACGACUUCUAUGGAAUGAACCACUACUGCGCAAACUUCAUCCGCGCCAAGACCGGCGAACCCGACCCCAACGAUAUUGCUGGAAAUCUGGAGCUGCUCCUGGAAGACAAGAAUGGCGUCAGUGUUGGGCCAAUUACCCAAUCACCGUGGUUGCGACCUAGCGCAAUCGGCUUCCGAAAGCUUCUCAAGUGGCUGAGUGAACGCUACGGAUACCCCAAGAUAUAUGUCACGGAAAACGGAACCAGUGUGCUGGGCGAGAACGACAUGCCUUUGGAACAACUGCUUGAAGACGAGUUCCGCGUGCAAUACUUCAAGGACUAUAUCGGUGCUAUGGCGGAUGCGUAUACCUUUGAUGGAGUGAACGUUCGUGCUUACAUGGCUUGGAGUCUUCUGGACAACUUCGAGUGGGCCGAGGGUUAUGAAACCCGCUUCGGUGUGACUUUUGUUGACUAUGAGAACGAUCAGAAGCGCAUCCCCAAGAAGAGCGCUAAGAGCAUCAGCCAGAUCUUUGAUCGACUCAUCGAGAAGGCCUAA